CAGAGCUGACAGCAUUAUGUUGAAAUUGAUAUUGUGCCUUAUAAUAUUUUUUACGAGUAUAUUUCUGUUCUUGAUAUUAAUAAACAUACAAGUGAUAGAUCUCAGCAAGUGGGACGAUGCUAGUGUCGGAUUCAGGAGUGACUGGUGGUAGUGAUAUUUUGGUGAAAAUCGUCAGCCCCGAAGGGCAAAUGUUCACCGCGUAUUUCCCAGAGGACACCCUGAUAGAGGAAAUUAAGAAUCGCGCUAUAGACUACUUCUAUCCGGCCGGAGAGACCGGUGCUGGGAGAUUUAAGAUAGUACGCGUGUGUGAUACGACGACCCUUCACGAUUUUUUAACUCUUGGGCAGGAGCAGGUGGUCAUGUAUGAGGAGUUAUUGUUGAUUGAAAGGAGAAUUCCCGAGGCAGGGACCCUUUGGGAUCUCGGAGCGGUCAGAGCGCCACAGCACGGAGCUAUCACGACAGCGACCGCAGCGCUCCCAGCACCCCAGAACCCAGUCCGUCAGCCGAAUUUACAAUCUCUGCUAUCCACCAACGAACUGUCAUUUGAGUUGAGGAAGAUACUUAUAUCGCUCAUCGAAGCCGGAGCCAGAUUAGCAGCAGCGGGGAGAAACUACGAACUCACGUUGGCUCAGCUAACCGCCGCUUUGGAAGAGCCGAGGAAACCUCAACCAAUUAUCGUCCAAGUGAUAACUCCAGAAGAAAUAGCAGCGCGACUGAAUAGCGCUGACGUGAACAGUAUAUCAACGGGCACUUCGAACGGCGGUGAUGAGUUAUACAAGCGAGCACAGCAUUUACAGCGAUUUCUAGAAAAAUUUCGAGCUUGGAGAAUAAAAAUAAUGGACCCUCCAAACCCCGAGGCGAUUACUGCUCUAAAAGAUCUUGGAUUUUCCUACGACGAUGCGGAUAAUGCCUUGAGAACCACCGGAUGUAACGUUCCCGCUGCCGCGUCAUGGCUUAUGGGGGAGAGAGGUUCCAGCGUGUUCGAACUGAUCAACGGCCUACCGGAUGGCCUCAUCCUGCAGACUCUCCUUAAGCAGCCUCAGAUCCAGCGUGGGCUAUUGAACACGAGAAUGUUGAUCGCCUUUAUAGCGAUGGUUGGGCAGACGGGCAGCGCGUCUCUCUGGUUGAAUUCUCCCCACGGCAGUCCCUUACUAUCACAAAUAUCCAGGACCUAUCAUUCAGAGAAAUACUGCCUCGCGGUCAACCAGUUCUCUGAGAGACAGGAACAGCAAACUGCACCGUCUACUUCUAGACAGAGAAACUGAUUUUAUUGCAUUUUUCCAUCACACAAUAUAUACCGAUUGUUUUGUCUUUUAUUAUAAAAUGUGUAUUCAA